CCUUUCCAGUAGCCAGCCAUGCAGGGCCCUCGUCUGUGUCCACGGGCGCCAUAUGCCCUGCUGGGAUGGCUGUUGGCACUGUUGGCCCAGAGCAGUGCAGCGCCAGGUGCAGCCCCCCAGGAGCUGGGGCCAGGGGCUCCCGUUAGGACCGGCGGCUAUGCGAGGCUCUGAGCCCGCUGGCGGACGUGCCCCUCGGGACGGGCACCGUAGGCUCCGGCCUGGAGCACAGCCCAGAAAUGGGCCGGUGCCGACGCUGUGGCUCUCCCCGGCUGCAGACAGAUGAGCCUGCUGGUGGCCAGCGAGGAUUCCAGCUACAUGCCAGCCCGGAUCGUGGUCAUGGGAGGAGAGAACCCGGCCAGCAUCAGCACCGAGCUCAAUACGGUGAACGUCAUGCCCUCUGCCAGCCGAGUGAUCCUCCUGGAGAACCUGACCCGCUUCUGGCCCAUCAUCCAGAUCAAGAUCAAGCGCUGCCAGCAGGGUGGCAUUGACACGCGUGUGCGUGGCAUCGAGAUCCUGGGGCCCAAGCCCACCUUCUGGCCGAUCUUCAAGGAGCAGCUGUGCCGGCGCACGUACCUGUUCUACACCACCCAGGCGCACACGUGGUGCCAGGAGAUCGCGGACGAGCGCAUGCAGCUGCUGCAGCUCUUCAACAGGCUGAACUGCGCCCUGCGGCACGAGCAGGUGUUCGCCGAUCGCUUCCUUCCCGAUGACGAGGCGGCCCAGGCUCUGGGCAGGACCUGCUGGGAGGCCCUAAUCAAUCCCUUGGUGCAGAGCAUCACCAGCCCAGAUCCCAGCGGCGUCAGCCCCCUGGCCUGGCUCCUGAGCGAGUACCUGGAGAACCUGGAGACGGCCCGACGCGCCAAGAGCCGCGCCACCAUCUUCAACUCCCGCGUGCGGCGCCUGAGCCACCUGCUGGUGCACGUGGACCCCGGCAGCCCGGAGCCCGAGGAGCUGAGAGCCCCGGUCAAAGCCAACGGGAAGAACGGGAAGAACAAGGAGACCAGCUCUGGGGCCGCCAAGGUGUCGGGGAAGAAGCCCAGCAGCAUGACGGGGAUUACGCAGUGCUGGAGGGGCGUGGUGCAGCAGCAGGUGAAGCGGUUCCUGGAGUCGUGGUGGCAGGGGCCGGACUUCGUGGAGCGGUACUGCCGGCUCUACCUGGGCCUGCGCGGCGCCAUGGAGGAGCUGUUCGGGCAGCAGACGGCCUUCGCGCUGGCCCUGCGGCAGGGCUUCUCCGGGGCCCUGCUGCAGCUCUCCUUCCUGACGGCCAUGCACGUGAGCGAGCAGUUCGCUCGCUAUGUGGACCAGCGGAUCCAGGAAAGCCAGACGGACGCGGGCAACGUGGAGUCGCUGCAUCGGCUGCAGCGGAGCCUGGAGCCCAUCCUCUUCCUCUCCGGCCUGGAGCUCGCCAACACCUUCGAGCACUUCUACCGGUAUUACCUGGGCGACCGGCUCCUGGCCCAGGGGAACGUGUGGCUGGAACGGGCCGUCGUGGAGCAGAUCGGGCUCUGCUUCCCCAAUCGCUUCCCCCAGCAGAUGCUGAAGAGCCUGAGUGAGUCGGAGGAGCUGCAGCAGCAAUUCCACCUCUUCCAGCUGCAGCAGCUCGACAAGCGCCUGCUGGAGCUGGACGCGGGCCAGGAGGAUGCGGCGAUGGAGGAGGAGCCGGCCGAGCCAGAGGAGGAGCCGGAGGUGAAGGUGCUGGCCCUGUCCCCGCGCUGCUGGACCGUCUCCCCGCUCUGCUACCUGGAGGAUCCCAGCAGGUGUUUCCCGCGGCCCCUCGGGGGCUACUUGGCGCGGUUCGCCGACUUCUACACCAACAGUCAGAGCCGGUUUGGCCUGGAGCACACAAAGCCGCGGCGCCUGCAGUGGACGUGGCUGGGCCACGCGGAGCUCCGGUUCGCGGGCAGCACCACCCUGCACGUCUCCACCCUGCAGAUGUACAUCCUGCUGGGCUUCAACAGCGCCCAGGAAGUUGCUGUGGAGACCCUGGCCCAGGCCACGGGGCUGUCUCCUGUCCUGCUGAGCCACGCACUGAAACCUCUGACGGGAGAGGCCGGGAUCCUGACCCAGAGCCUGCCUCAGGGGGGCGUCCUGCGUCUGAACGAGGGGGCCCUGGCGCGGGCGGCCGGCCAGCGCCUGUGGCUGCUCCCCAAGCAGACGUACCUGAAUGUGGAGGAUGACGAGGGAAGCACCCUGGAGAGGAAGAGGAACAUCAUCUGCUGCCUCAUCAUCCAGAUCCUGAAAGGGGAGAAGGAGCUGCACAUCGAUAACCUGGUGUUCAAGGUGAUCGACGCCUGUCAGAAAUGGGAGUCUGGCCCUGCCCUGAAGUUCCUCAGCUUCUGCUGCAGCAGCACGGACGUGCUGUCCUGCACCCUGCACCUGCUGAGCCAGGGCUACGUGCGGCGCCAGGAGGACAACCCCCAGCUGCUGGAGUACGUCUCCACGGAGCCCACCCCCUCCCCCUCCCCCUCUCCGCCCCAGCAGCGCCCGCCCCAAGUCACCUUCCAGACAGUGGAGAUCAAGACGAUGCCCAACGCAGCCUGCGCCGAGAGGAGACAGACCUUCUCCACCUUCAGGUAGAAGCGGAGCGGGGCUGUGCGCGUGGGCCAGGCGGGCACGGACACUGCUCCCUGGGGUGCCGGAGCCCCAGCCACAGGCAGUGCAUUGGCUGCCCGGUGCUGGGGGUCUAGGCACGCCUGGUGCUCGAGCCAGGAGAAGCCCUGCCUGGGCCCAGCCACUGCCCCUGGAGCACAAGACACGAUUCCCAAGGGCUCGAGGUUUUUAAUUUAAAUAAAACAGCUGUGCUGA